AACGGUGAGAUUGGAUUCACCAGAAGCACAUAAAUCUCUCUCUUUCACUUGGUUGCUUCGUUCCCUCACAGACAACCUGUGUCAAAUCCUAAGUACACUCUCCAACCAACAACAACACAGCCUUAGUUUCAUUCACUUAACACUCCUUUUAAGAGAGAAGGAUCAAACAUGGGAGCUGGAAGUUUCCUCAAGGUGGUUCUAAAAAAUUUUGAUGUUCUUGCUGGGCCUGUGCUUAGUCUUGCCUAUCCUCUAUAUGCCUCAGUUAGGGCAAUUGAGAGCAAGUCUCCUGUUGAUGACCAGCAAUGGCUCACUUAUUGGGUUCUCUAUUCCUUGAUCACCCUCUUUGAACUUACUUUUGCCAAAGUUCUUGAAUGGAUUCCUAUAUGGCCAUAUGCAAAGCUGAUCCUCACCAGCUGGUUGGUCAUUCCUUACUUCAGCGGUGCGGCCUAUGUUUACGAGCACUAUGUUAGACCUUUCUUUGUCAAUUCUCAGAAUGUUAACAUCUGGUAUGUCCCUAGCAAAAAGGACUCCUCGGGCAAGCCAGAGGACGUUCUCACUGCCGCAGAGAAGUACAUCAAAGAGCAUGGGACUGAAGCAUUUGAGAAUCUGCUUGACAGGGCUGGUAAAUCUAGGAAAAGUAGCAGGCAUGCAAAUGGAAGCUAUUGAAUGCAAUCUGGUAGCUUAGUUUUUGUCAUGUUUGGGAUAAAGGAGUGCAUGUACAUGAUGUUUUGGCUUAACUUUUGUUAGUGUGUAAUUAUAUCAGGCUCUCUCUUUGUCUCAAGGAUAUACAACUAUGGUAUGUGCCAAAUUAUCAUAUAUAGAAUUAUAGAAUAUAGAUAAUAUAUAAUGGAGGUACAAUACAAAUCAGUUUGUUGACUUUUUUGUUUU